AUGUACGGCGGUCCCUCUGCAGCGCGGUCCCCUCCACCUCUGCAGCACCCACGCCCGCAGCACCCGCCAUCCCACAUCCCGUCCCAGUCUCCCCCGCCCGACGCCUACUCGUACGGCGGCUCGUCGUCGACCGAGUACCAGCGCUUCUCGUCGCCGCCGGUCCAGCCGCACGCCCAGCAGCCGCACCUUCAGCACCAAGCGGCGGGGGCGCAGCGGCUCCACCCGACGGCGUCGUACGGCGGCGGCGGCGGCGCAAAGGCGGCGCAGCAGCAGCAGCACGCGUACGGCCGAGGAGGGGCAGGACCGGCGACGCCCGACGCCUACAUCCCGGCCAACGCGGCGUACGGCGCCGCACCGCAGCAGCAGUACGGCGUGCCGAGUGCGCAGGGCGUCGCGUGGAUGGGCGGCGGCGCCGACUCGGGGCCGAGCGGGCCUGUCGGCGGCGGUGGGGCAGCUCCGGCUUCCUCUCGAGGAGGGGGAGGAGGGGGGCCCGCGCAGCAGCAGCAGCAGCAGGGCGCGCCGCCGAGCGGGUGGCCCGGCAUGGGCGGCGCAGCGGGCGGCGGCAUGAACGGCAUGAUGAACGACGCGACGGCGCAGAUGGGCGUCCAGUUCGGCAAGCACGCCCUGACGGCCGGCCAGGCGUACCUCGACAAGAACUUUACGCGCCUGUUGCCGCUCGCGCACCUCAAGCACAGCUUCAACGUGUCGAACAGCUACGUCGUCAACAAGCUGCGCCUCAUCGUGUGGCCCUGGCGGCACCGCCCCUGGAGUCGCAGCGUCGUGCGCAACGAGGGCACGGGCGUCGCCGAGGGGUGGAAGCCGCCUCGCGAGGACCUCAACUGCCCAGACCUGUACAUCCCCGUCAUGGCCGUCGUCACCUACAUCCUCCUGUCGGCCGUCAUCGCGGGCAAGGCGGGCACGUUCGACCCCAACAUCCUCGGCCAGUCGGCGAGCCGCGCGUUCGGCCUCCUCACGCUCGAGUUUGUCUGCAUCAAGCUCGGGUGCUACCUCCUCGGCAUCGGCGAGGAGGGCACGGUCGUCGACUUGGUGUCGUACGAGGGCUACAAGUUUGUCGGGGUCAUCGUCGCGCUCUUGGCAGGCCUGCUCGGCGCCACCGGCUGGACCUUCUGGCUCGUCUUUCUCUACGUCUUCCUCGCCAACUUCUUCUUUCAGCUCCGCUCCCUGCGACACCUCGUCCUCCCCGACCCGUCCAUGUCGCCCCUCGACCACGGCGACAACAGCAACCUGCAGACGACGCCGUCGCACGCCCAACGCGCGCGCCGCAUCCAGUUCCUCUUUGUCGUCGCCGCCGCUCAGGGCCUGAGCAUGCUCGUGCUCGUGCGCGUCUAG